UACUAGAUGUCGUCGUCACUCUUUCGUGAAACUUCGAAGUGAUCGUAAUCAAGGAGUGUUUCUAUCAACAGAUAUGGCCUUCUGCUACCUUUACUUGGAUGGUUGUUUUGUUCUCGAAGACGUCCUGAUCGACAAGAUUGCGUGUCUAGAGCAAUUCCUGAUCGACAAGAUUGCGUGUCUAGAGCAAUUCCUGCUCUAAACGCGAUGGAGGAAUAUCUUGGAACGGCUCAAACGGUUGCUAGCCAAAUUAAAGAUGUACACACGUGGAUCGAAGGGCGAUUUCCAGAAAUCGUUGCAGUCAGAAGUCGUGCAAAAGCUAUAUUGGACACGAGCCAAUUGCCAGUAAACGAUACGACCAUGGGACAACUCAAGAAGCUUGUCGACGUCCUCGAGCAAUGCAACUCAAUUCUCAUUAGAUGCCACUCGCUCACUAGUUCAUGUAUUAGAUUGGGAACGGAUGAACGAGCAGAUUCACUUCGGGAUAGUAUCUCUAGAGAAAACUUGGACAUCGCGGUAGUCAAGCAAUUUAUCGACGAGUUUCAGAAGAAAAUGAAGCAAAUAGAGCAAAUACGUGAAGAAUACGACGAUAUCGAUUGCAACGGUGCUCUCGAAAUAGCCAAAGAAGAAGUCGGCAAGUUAGAAGAAACAGAGAAGAGUCUUCAGAAUACAAAGAAAGAGACUGAAUCUACGAGAAUCGUGGCUCGGGCGGGUGCGGUAGCAUUGGGAGUAGCAGCAUUAAUAGCACCAGUUAUUGUGCCAAUAGUAGUAGGUGCAGCAGUUUGGCUAGGUUCCGAAGAGAAUGCUCGUGAUUUGCUUAGAACAAUCGCUCGUGUACUUCCUUUGCUCAAGGAGUUGAAAGAAAUGUUCGUGGCCUUGCACCAUGGAAUUGUGUUGUCACAGACGGAUAUGCAUAAGAUGGUUGAGUGGUAUAGCCGUGCUGAUGGUGACCGAGACCUAUUGACACGUGCUCUACAGGACCCAGACUUUCCAAAAAAGUAUCGUGUACAUGCUAUAGCAGAUGGCUUGAGUCACCUGCUGAACAGUCUGUCUGAAACUUGAUGUGGCAUACUUCUUGUCACAUUGACAUGUUUACAAACUAAAUAACUUGUUUCUUUUCUCUGAGGUACGCAUCUUUUUGGAGUUCUGAGUUAAGAGAAACAGCUAGGUGUUAGCAUAUUUUUCUGACUGUAGAGUUGCUUGUUUAAUUUGGCAUUUUACAUUGGAUUAUCAUGCGGUUGCAACUUCGUGUAUUGCAAGGUAGUGGUUG